UUUCAGCUCCAGGUUAAAAGGAAUGAAAAGUGAAUGUGAAGAUCGGUUGUAGUGGCUGUAAUAAUAGUGGCUGUCCUCGUUUACGUGUUUAAUAGAGUAACUUUAUUCCCCGCUACAAUGGCGAUUGUUUUUCAACUGCGUGUUGUAGAUUUUUUUUACAAGAAAAAAUUAACGGUCAGUGUUUAUUUUGGAAGUGAAGAUCAUGAAGAAUGUUCUAAGAUCAAGGACGUUCGCGGUGAAAUCACUGGACGUCUGUCUAAAAUCGUGAACAUUAUCAGUCAGAGUAAGGAGGAGGACAGCGAUGCCAAGGUGGUCUUCUGUCCGAUCGUGUCUCGCGCAGGAACCGACAUUGAAGCGACUCUCUCUCACCUCCGAGAUGAUAAGCCCACCAUCGUGUUUGUACUUCACCACACCUUCACCACCGACUACAGUGCACCACGUAGCAGCAGGUAUGAAAAGAAGAAUUUGAUAAUGGUGGACAUCUUGUUCCAUGAGGAUUUGGGACUGCUGAACUGUUCAAAGAAUGAUGCAGCACUCAGCAAAGCAAGUACUUACCUGAAGCACUAUGCCAAACUUCAGUAUGAAGUAAAUACAACGCGUGUCAUUUUGUGUGCAGUUGGAAUAUUGGUUUCCCACAAAGUAGGGCUCAUACUCUUGUUCAGAUACUUGACACGGCGGUUUUUUAACUGUCUCAAAGAUUGGUUCAGGCCCAAGAGUGAAGUUCAUAUAGAGAUUUGGAACAUGGAUUAGCAUGUACUACAGUGUAUUUGUUUCAGUGUAAUUUAUAAUUAAUAACACAUUUUGUUUCUCAAAACAAUAGCUUAUUCCAAGUCUGAAUUUGCCAAGUGUGAACAAUAUGCUGUAAUAUAUCCAUAAAAAUGAACAAAAUUUUUUUUUCUGUAUUUGUGCUUGGUGUUUGUGUUUACAGUGUUGAUGGAAUAGUUUAGAUACAAGAUCAAGAAGGAUAAAUGCAGAGGGAGUUUAGUUGCUUUAUAGUGCAUGAAGAUUGAUCCUACCACAAUAAUGCUUAACAAUAAUGGGAUUCCUGGUUUCCUCCACCCAUGCAAAAACAGGCCAGUAGACAGAAUGGUUAAGAGAAAUUGCCCCUGAUUUAAAUAACUUAAAAUGUAAUAACUUUAGCAGUCAAUCACUAGUUAUAAAAUUUACCAAUUAAUCAAUGAAAUAUAAAAUUGUCUAAAUGAGACACUUUAGUUUAGUUAACUCAAUAUAGUUUUAGGUUUAGUUAACUCAAUAUAUAUAUAUAUAUAUAUAUGUUCCAAUCACUUCCAUGGCCACAGGUGUAUAAAAUCAAGCACCUAGGCAUGCAGACUGUUUUUACAAACAUUUGUGAAAGAAUGGGUCGCUCUCAGGAGCUCAGUGAAUUCCAGCGUGGAACUGUGAUAGGAUGCCACCUGUGCAACAAAUCCAGUCGUGAAAUUUCCUCGCUCCUAAAUAUUCCACAGUCAACUGUCAGCUGUAUUAUAAGAACGUGGAAGUGUUUGGGAACGACAGCAACUCAGCCACGAAGUGGUAGGCCACGUAAACUGACGGAGCGGGGUCAGCGGAUGCUGAGGCGCAUAGUGCGAAGAGGUCGCCAACUUUCUGCAGAGUCAAUCGCUACAGACCUCCAAACUUCAUGUGGCCUUCAGAUUAGCUCAAGAACAGUGCGCAGAGAGCUUCAUGGAAUGGGUUUCCAUGGCCGAGCAGCUGCAUCCAAGCCAUACAUCACCAAGUGCAAUGCAAAGUGUCGGAUGCAGUGGUGUAAAGCACGCAGCCACUGGACUCUAGAGCAGUGGAGACACGUUCUCUGGAGUGACGAAUCACGCUUCUCCAUCUGGCAAUCUGAUGGACGAGUCUGGGUUUGGCGGUUGCCAGGAGAACACACGCCUAAACCUUGUGGACAGCCUUCCCAGAAGAGUUGAAGCUGUUAUAGCUGCAAAGGGUGGACCGACGUCAUAUUGAACCCUAUGGAUUAGGAAUGGGAUGUCACUUAAGUUCAUAUGCGAGUCAAGGCAGGUGAGCGAAUACUUUUUCAAUAUAGUGUAUAUAUAUAUAUAUAUAUAUAUAUAAAUACAAGUGUAUUCUUGUAUUCUUCUGUACUCUGGAACUCUGUAAUCUGUGUCCUGUAUUACUGCCUUGCUGAGUGAAUAUUAAUAAAUUGUUAAAGCAUGAGUGUGUGGAUUUU